AUGAGCUUCGUCAGGCUUCUUUUGGAUGUCGACCCACACCUCGCAUCUACUCUUAGAGGGGUUAACCACGAGACACAGUUCCCCGUGUUACAUGUUGUGAAGAGAAAAUGGAAUUGCUUCUUGUUUUCAGCUGUCACGUAUGCAAUUUUUGAAAAGCGGAUGCUUCACAAUUUGAUUCAAAUGAUCCCCGACUUGACAAACGUUCCGUUGAUCUCGUGGUUCUUUUCGAAAGAGUCAUCUUCCGUUUCCCCUCGAAGCCUAGCUGUGGUGGCCUCGUCUAGACCCUUUCUAGAGCAGAGCCCUGAGGAGCCCGUCGCUUAUUUGGACGCGGAUAAGGUGAUGCAAUUUCCCAAGGAGGAUCAAAAGAGAUUAUACGAAGACGCGAUGAUUGAGUAUACAAAGCUGAAGGAGCUUUUUGUGGCACAGGAAAGAGCACGGUUCUUGACCGAGUUGGUCCAUUUGGUGCAGUGGUGCUGGGAGGCGGGAACUUUGUCUGCGGUUUGCUAUUACUCCCCGGAGGAGCUUACAGGGAUAGAAGAAGCAAUUGAGGCUGCCAUGGAAGAGGGUUUCACAACGCUAAAUUGCCGGCUUUUAAAGGAGGCUAAGCAGUCAAAGAAUAAGACUGAGUCAGAGGAGCCACCGCAAAAUAAGCUGGAGCUGGUUCCAGACAAGGAUACGAAGGUGGCGAGUCCAGAUUCGGCCUCUCUCUUUAAUUUCUCAAAUCCUGUCGUGGUGCCACCAGGAACAGAAGAGCAAAGAAGUCCGGAGGUAGACGAGGAUAGCCCUGAUGAUUAUCUCACCACCAUUUUUGAAAAUAUGGAGCCAUACAUUGAUACUUACGAUGUCUACAAGCAACUCACGCGAGCAGGCUUUACACCAGCGCAGAGUGACGAAGUGAUCAAUCUUCUCAUAGUGCAGGUGAAUUCGAAGCUUCUGAAGCUUUCUACCAAGUACUCUCAAGAGUACGAGCUAGAGAAUGAGCGAUACCUUUUCGAAAGUGCACAGCAAGAGCUUAAUGUCGACGUCACUCGCAACCGCGAGAAUCACAUCAACGAUAACAUCAACCAGAUCAAUGUGCUUGAACGUGACUUUGGUACAAUCAGGGACGAACUCAACAAUCACUUCAUUCAAAUGAAGAACGAUAUUCAGGUUGCCAUCAACGACCAGAAAUCCGAAAACACGCUCAUGAGCAAAAACAUAAUGCUACGAAUCAAAGAGACGAACCAUAAAAUCACGACAGACUUCACCAUGGCUAUGCGCUCGGAAAUUGAGAGUCUUCGAUGGCACUUGUCCAGAUGGGGUUUGAUAGCAAUCUUGGUGUCGGUGUUCUCUGCUUGCGCUUCGUUCUAUGUCUAUAGAAUCCGAAGCUUCAGGAAAGCCGCCGAAAAGAACGAGUUCGUUCCAUUAGUCAUUUAUGAGCCGAGCGAAUACGACGAGGACGACUUCCAUGCCGAUUUGGACCCUAGCAUCCUUUAA